AGCGGCGUGCAUGUGGGCUCCGCACCGCCCCGCCCCGCACCGCCCGCGGCCUGAGGGGAGCGGCGGCGCCCGGAGCUCCGCGCGAGGCGGAACAAAGGCCGCGCCCCUCCGCGGGGCGGCGCCGCCACCAGCAGCACCAUGUCCGGCGUGAGGAGAACCCUCGCUGAGAAGGACCCCGACUACGAGGAGAUCGCGGUGGCGCCGCCCAGCAAACGGCACCGCGCCGCCGAGCAGUCAGCUCGAGAUAUUGCUGUGCAGAAGAUUGAGACGAUUAUAAAAGAACAGUUUGCCGUGGAAAUGAAGAAUAAAGAACACGAAAUUGAAGUUAUAGAUCAGCGCCUGAUUGAAGCAAGGCGGAUGAUGGACAAGCUGCGUGCCUGCAUUGUGGCCAACUACUACGCAUCUGCUGGGCUUCUGAAACCUGGAGAGGGGACCAGGUCAUGUGAUGCCACCAUUCUUAAUCACCCUUCCAUCAAGAAGUUUCUGGAGUCACCCUCUCGCUCAUCAUCCCCUGCUCACCAGGGCUCGGACGCGCCGUCAGCCAACCACUCUGAGAGCGACUCUCUCUCGCAGCACAACGACUUCUUCCUGGACAAGGACAGUGGCAGCCUGGACGCGGAUGAGCGGCUGGCAAACAGCCUGGACCAGAGGCAGAGCAGAAGUGCUGGCCGGGACAGUUUGGGUGUUUCUAGCUCCCAAAAACCAGGACAACGAAAUGCUGGGCUGUCAAACGAUGAGACGUCACGGCUCUACGUGAAGAAAACAAUUGUGGUGGGCAACGUCUCCAAGUACAUUCCCCCUGACAAGAGAGAAGAAAACGAUCAGUCGACCCAUAAAUGGAUGGUGUACGUUCGAGGCUCUCGGAGAGAACCCAGCAUAAAUCACUUUGUCAAGAAAGUUUGGUUCUUCCUGCAUCCCAGUUACAAACCCAAUGACCUGGUAGAAGUAAGGGAACCUCCAUUCCACCUGACCAGGAGAGGCUGGGGAGAAUUCCCUGUGAGAGUCCAGAUACACUUCAAGGAUAGCCAGAACAAGAGGAUUGAUAUCAUACACAAUUUGAAGUUGGACAGGACUUACACCGGCCUGCAGACGCUGGGCGCAGAAACGGUAGUGGACGUGGAGCUGCACAGGCAUUCCCUUGGUGAGGAGUAUCUCUUCUCCCAGUCUUCAGAAUCAGACCUUUCUGAUGCUCCAGCAUCUUUACCACUGCCACUGAGUAUCCCAGCACCAGUCAAAGCUUCUUCACCAAUCAAACAGUUGCGGGACUCCAGCCCAGAUGCUUCUGCUGACAAAGGAUUCCCUGGGAAUGCUGAAACUGAAAGACAUGCCACGUUUUAUUCCCUGCCAUCUUCGAUAGAACGGACUCCCACCAAAUUAGCCACACAGAAAGUUCCCUUUGGCUCUCAUGGAAAUUCAGCCUUUCAGCCCAUUGCAGCUAGCUGUAAAAUAGUGCCUCAAGGUCAGAUUCCAAGCCCUGCAGAGUCGCCAGGAAAAUCCUUCCAGCCUAUCACCAUGAGUUGCAAGAUUGUAUCAGGUUCUCCAAUAUCGACCCCUAGUCCAUCUCCGCUACCUCGUACCCCAACCUCCACUCCGGUGCACAUGAAGCAAGGCUCUGCUAGCUCAGUCAUUAAUAAUCCAUAUGUUAUUGUGGACAAGCCUGGACAGAUGGUUGGAGCAGCAGCCACAAGCACAGGGAGCCCCACCAGCAAGCUGAGCAACGUUUGUCAGGCCUCUCAUGGGGCCGGGUCUCCUGUACCGAAGAGCCACGGGAGCAGCUUUGUGACCUCAGCUGUUAAGCAGGAGGAUUCCCUGUUUGCCACCAUGCCACCUCUUUGUCCCAUUGGGAGUCAUUCCAAGGUGCAAAGCCCCAAAUCAGUCACUGGAGGACUUGGAGCUUUUACAAAGGUGAUAAUAAAACAGGAGCCAGGAGAGCUGCCCCAGCAACCCCAGGUGUCAGCAGCAGGGCCGACCACGCAGACCUCUGUGCAGCAGUAUGUCACAGUAAAAGGAAGCCACAUGUUGGCCUUGUCACCGCAGAAGCCAGCUGUGAGCACGAGCGAGGGGACAGCACAGUCCAAGGUUGUUGGUGUUCCAGUUGGUUCUGCUUUACAGUCAACAGUGAAGCAGGCAGUGGCUAUCAGCGGUGGCCAGAUACUUGUGGCAAAGUCUGGUUCUUCAGUGGCAAAGGCUGUUGGUCCAAAACAGGUUGUGACUCAAGGCGUAGCCAAAGCCAUCGUGAGUGGAGGUGGAGGAACAAUCGUAGCUCAGCCUGUGCAGACUAUAACAAAGGCACAAGUUACUUCCACAGGCGCUCAGAAAAGUACAUCACAAGGAUCAGUGAUGGCUACACUGCAGUUACCAGCCACCAACCUGGCAAACUUGGCAAACUUACCACCGGGCACCAAACUGUACCUCACCACCAACAGCAAGAAUCCUUCUGGCAAAGGAAAACUGCUUCUCAUACCCCAGGGAGCCAUACUGCGAGCCACAAAUAAUGCUAGUCUCCAAUCUGGUGGCUCUACAAAUAGUGGAGGAGGAGGAACCCAAAGUACAAGCAGUAACUUGUCACAGCACCUCACCUAUACAUCCUACAUCCUGAAGCAGACACCCCAGGGCACGUUUCUGGUUGGUCAGCCUUCUCCUCAGAGUUCUGGGAAGCAGCUCACUCCAGCAUCAGUUGUUCAGGGCAAUGUAGGAGUUGGAGCAUCUUCAACACAAGGACAAGCAUUAAAAGUAAUAACUGGACAGAAAACUGCUUUAUUUACACAGGCUGCAGCCAGUGGACAGACAUCACUGAUGAAAAUAUCGGACGGGUCUCUGAAGUCGGUGUCUGCCUCAUCCCAGCUCUCCAAACCUGGCACCACGGUGCUGAGGGUCUCAGGCGGUGUUAUCACCACAGCUGCUGCUCCUGCUGUGGCCCUUCCCACUAAUGGGGUGGCCCAGCAAAUAGAUAAUGCAGGUUCCAGUUCAUCGUCUUCUGGAGCUCCUGCAGCAAAGACAUCCGGACAGCAACACCAAGUCUGUAUAAACCAGACCCAGUCUGCUUCAUCAGUAGUGAGCAAGACUGCUACUUCUGCUGUUGUAAGUGUUGCUUCUCUGGUGACUACGUCAACGCCCGUGACUGGAAAAGCUGCAGUAUCAGGGUUGCUAAAAAUCCACUCAAAUCAGUCUAGUCCACAGCAGGCUGUUCUGACAGUUCCCAGCCAGCUUAAACAGCUCGGUGUUAACACAGCUUCUGGAGGUGUUCAGACAAUACUCAUGCCUAUGAACAAAGUGAUACAGUCACUUUCUACCAGCAAAGUUUCAGCUGUGACAGCUGUCACAUCAGCAAGUACGGCUGUCUCUAGUCCCUCUGUGGCAUCCAUCACUAAAGUUAAGAUGGAGCCUGAUUCAACGGGACAGAACUGCACUUCUGUGGGUACUCAGGAAGGGCAAGCAGCAGUGAAAACAGAAGAGAAUUCAGAACUUGGGAACUACGUUAUCAACAUAGAAUACUUGGAGAACACCCAGCAGCUUUUAACAGCCAUAGUGAAGAAGGUUCCAUUAAUUGCUGAAAAAAGUGAAGAUGUAAGCUCUUACUGUGCUGGUUCAGUGGAACAGUAUUACAGCUGGAAUAUUGGGAAGAGGAGGGCAGCCGAGUGGCAACGAGCAAUGACUGUGAGAAAGAUCCUGCAGGAAAUCAUAGAGAAGCACCCCAGAUUUCACAGCAUUACACCCCUGAAGACAAAGCAUGUGGUGCAGUGGUGUCGAUGCCAUGGCUACACUCCUCCUGACCCCGAGACCUUGCGGAACGACGAGGACUCCAUUGAAGAUGUGCUGACACAGAUAGACAGCGAGCCAGAAUACCCUUCAUCUUACAGCAGUGGUGAGGAUCUGUGCCGAAAACUAGAGGAACUGCAGCAGUUCCUGAAACAAGAACCCGAGCAUGAAGAGGAAGUGGAUGUUCUCAACUUCAGUGAGCCUUUGAAAAUAAACAUUAAAAAAGAAAAGGAGGAGAAACAAGAGGAGAUGAAGUUCUAUUUGGCUUCCUUGCCUGCAUCAGAGUUCGUGAGAGACACAGCAGAGAAGAUAGGAAUUUCCUUUCAGCCUGCUGAGGUACAAAGGAAUGUUUAUGCAUCAGUAAUAGAAGAUAUGAUUUUAAAGGCCACUGAACAGCUGAUGAGCGACAUUCUGCGGCAGGCACUGGCAGUGGCUUACCAGACAGCCCCUCACAACAGGACUCCAAGAGAGAUCACAGUGAUGAAUAUUCACAAAGCCAUCUGUAAUAUUCCCUUUCUUGACUUCCUCACAAACAAACACAUGAAGAUACUAAAUGAGGAGCAAUGAAACAGCACAGAAGAUGCUACGGGAAAAAUGAAUUUAUGGCUGAAGCUGGGAUGACAAAUCCAGUAGGACACUUGUAUUCUUUAUAGCAUCGGGCUACUAUCUUUUACCUCCAAUUAAAGAUGCACCUUAAUGCAACAAAGUGAUGCUCUGUUCCAAAUCAAGUUGUUAAAUGUCAGUGUUUACUUGGUAAGUGUAUGUUCAGUGGCUGAACAAACACUGUCAGUUUGCAUCAAGUUGCUAGCUAUGAGAGGCUCCACAGUCUCUGACAAGAGCUGUACUGAUGAGAUUAAUUUUUUUUUUUUUUUUUUUACAAAAGAAAUUAUGCUUUUUAAUGCAUACUGCAUGCCAGUUGGUUCCCCAUGCAGUGGGCAGAACAGUUGCUAUGUCACUUGGAAUGUGAGAGAAUUCCAGGUCAGCUUUUAAAGGUGGGUCAUUUGAGCAAGUGGAUGGGUUGGUUGCUUAGGGUCGAGGUGGGGGAGCAGAAGGCUGAUGGUCCCACCAAGUUCUGCCAGUCCUCCUUGAGCAUCAUGUGACUGGAAUACAGCUGGGUGGGCUGCUUGUCUGCUUAUUCAGCUGGGUGCAACCCAAGCAGGUAACACCUGGCCUCUUCAGAGGAGGUUUCCCAUCUGAUGUUCUCAGUCACCUCAGAGAGGAAGGUGGACUGGCACGUGCUCAGUCAAUAUGAAUGAACCAUGGUCAGACUUGGUAAGAUGGGUCUGGCUGCUUCUGCGUGAGAAAGGUGAAGAGUGUGUACAGUAUUCAGUGUCUGUGAGCUUGGACUGGCUGAAACCUUUGUUUGCCCAGCGAGGGCCUCCCCAGGCUGCUGUGAAUUUUGGAAGGCAUGUGCCCAGCUUAGCCUUGCUGUUCUGACAGCAUUCACUAAGAGCCAGGUUCUCAGGUGUGACUUUGACUGAAGCUCUGAAUUCACAGAAGCCUGAUGAGAUCAAAGAAAUCAGAGGCUUAUUGCUUGUGGGGACCUCCUCUGAUAGCCCGACUGCAAGGAAGUUCUGCUGCUCGUGCUAGGACUUCUGUCUCAGGAAUGUCACUGCUGCAGGAGACGUGUCUGCAGGCUGGCUUGUGACGCCUUUCUCAAGGAAGCUUUGAUGACAGCACCCAGACUGCUCUCCCCACUGCCCCUGUGUCCAGCACCAGGGUGCUUGCUCAUAUGUCAGUAAUCCAUUGCAAGUUGGUGGGACUCCUGUUGGACCAUCAUGCUCUCAGAUGCGUGAGGCAGCACAGUCAGGUGGGUGGAGCACGGGUCGAGCAGCCUGAGCCUCCAGUGCUCUGAUCUCAGCUGGGUCACUGGUCUGCUGCAUGGCCUUUGAUUUAAUCACUCCGUGCCUCAGUUUCCCCAUCUCUGAGCAUGGGGAGCAGGAUAACCUACCUCACAGGGAUGUACUGAGGCCUCUCACUCCUGUUGGUGCUGUGCUUUGACAGCACAAAGCCUUUUAUAAACAUUAAACUGCAGUUAUCUUUCCUGGCCUGGAGUGGGAACGUAAAUCUUCAAGAUGUUACCUUUUGGUGCUUUUUUGGGGCUAGAAGACUUGGUAAUGCCAGCUGUGUGCAGGGACUUUGGAAGAUGGGUGAUGAUCUCAGGCUGCCAAGGAGAGCUGACGGCUGGGUGCAGUUCUCGAUCUGCAGGUGCUGUGUACCUCAGAUGAGAUGCUGCGUGUUUUCUCCAACCUGGAUAAAGCCAAGGUCUGCAGACAGGCCCCUUCCUAGUUCAUUGAGAGCUGGUGGGGCAGUCGAGUCUGUUUGAAUACAAGUGGCAGAGCCUGGCCCUUGGAUCUAGGAAACUGAUGGAUGAAAUCCAAGGAGCGUUCAAAGAAGGAUUUGGGUUCCCCUGGAAAUGCUAUUUUUGGAUGCUCUGGAUUCAGAGGACAAUCCUGGCUUGUUGGGGUGAGCCCAGCACAGGAAGUGCACAGCUUAGCCCUGAUGUUGGCUUUUUGCAGGGAUCAGUGUGAAGAGGCUGAGCGGUGGUGAUUAUAUCUGAGCUGCGCAGGGGGAGGUGCAGGGAGCUGGGGCUGCUGGCCCUGUGCUGUUUGUAGGAUGUGAGCUCCAAGUCCGUGCUGCGCCCAGCCUCCUUGGAUACAACUUUUACAAAAGGGUGUUUUGGAGCUAUCUGUCACUAUUGCUGUGAUGGGGUGUGUAGGAAACGGCCUUUGGGCAAAUGCAGCCAUGCUAAGAUCUGCUGCAGUGACGCACGCGUUCCCAGCCCCCGGCUCCUGUGGGCUUUGCUCUGAGAUUUCAGUGCCCAGAGCAGUGCUUGAGAAGCAUCAGUGUGGGCAUCUGUUUGCAAAUGGUGGUGUCCUCGCCCAUGUCCUGCUGUUCUGCAUAGAACAGCAUCAGUGUGGGAGGCGUGGGGCAGCCCUGCAGCAGAGUGCUGCUGCCGCAGAUUGCUGCUGAGGCGUUUCGGAGCAACCACGGGCUAUUCUGCUGCAUUAAUAAUAGAUAGCAUUUGCUGAAGAGAAAUAAAAUCUGUUAGAAGAUAACACAUUUGUCGUAGUGCUUUGGAUGUAGGAGAUGUUUGCAGUAUGUCUUUUGGAAAGCGGUGGGAGGAAAAUCUUGUCAGCGAGAAGUGCCUGUGCGAAUGGCUGGGGAUGGGGGCACAGGUGAGAGAACUCUCUACAAACGUGGCCCCUCUGUAAUGCUGGGUGUUUGAAGCCUUCAUGUUAUCUGUAUUAUAUUGUAUAAUUGUGUAAGAUACAUAUGUUUACAAUAAAUUCUUUUAUUAGCUGUGA